CUUUUGAUAAGAACUAGACAUCUGCCAAGUUCCAGCACGCGAAGCCCUUCAGCAAUCAGGCAACAGGCUUCAAAAUGUGUGUCGUUGCACUAACAAUUUGUGUGCUGUCGUGCCUGUUGUGGCUGAGUGGGGGGCACACACAUCUCAACAACUGCCGCUCCCACCUCGGAUCCCGGGUUCGUCGGACGCACCAAUUGAUUGACAGGACCCUUGAUACCAAAAGCCGGGAGAGUGAUGCUGUCUCUUAAAGUGCCGCCGAGAUGGACCCGUCCCUGCUCCGUCCUGAUCGGAUGUCGUGGAGAAAGCCACCUCCGGUGCAAGACUGUUGUUGGUUGCCUGUGGCCUCCGUUCCCGCGAAACAUAUAUACCAACACGAACACUCAGACUCCCCCGCAGUAUCAUCGCCAGAGACGCCAAGCGUCCCGCAUCGUCGUCACUGGACACAACAAGACCAUGUUCAACCCACUCCAAGGCUGGAAAUCUGAACCAGCGCCCCGACACCAGGGCUAUUCGGCCUUUGUCAAUGGCCACUGGAGGAGCUUCGCCAGCCCAACCAAAAAUGUCGUGGAUGGUUCCAACACACCCACACGCUUUUCUGUAUGGUCCUGGAAUAUCGACUUCAAGCUGGAUGUGCCCGUGGCUCGCAUGAGGGCUGCUCUCAACCAUGUCCGAUCAUUAGUGGCUUCUCAAGACGGGACUCCGUGCAUCGUCAUGUUCAACGAGAUGGUUGCAUCUGACCUGGAUGUGAUAGCGGACGACGAGUGGGUUAGGGAAAACUACAAUGUGACCGACCUGACUGGAGAGAACUGGGACUUCCACGACUUUCCUCCCGGAUUUGGCUAUGGAACAUGCAUUCUUGUGCCGAAGGUGCUCCCCAUCAAGGCCGUGUUCCGUGUCUACUACCCCAACUCGUCGAUGCAGCGUGAUGCCCUCUUUGUCGACAUUGCCAUCCCACGAGACAAAGUCCUUCGUGUAUGCAGCACCCACCUGGAAUCCCUGGUGGCCCGGCCACCGAAGCGGCCGGCGCAACUUGCCACGGCGGCCAGGUUCUUGCACCAGGCACAUCUUGGCAUUCUCGCGGGAGACCUCAACGCCAUCGAGCGCUUCGACUGGACCCUCCACAAGGAAAACAGGCUCAAGGAUGCGUAUCUCGAGACUGGCGGCAAACAAGGAGACGAGGCUGGGGCGACAUGGGGAUUGAUGGGCCGCAGCAAUGACAGACAGCGGUAUGGAACGUCCAGAAUGGACAAGGUGCUCUUUUGCGGAAAGGCAGCGUUGCUUGAUUACGGUACUUUCGGGCUGGAUGUUGAAGUCGAAGAUGAGGCGGAUCGGCAGAAGUUAAAGCGCUCUUGGGGUCUGGCGAAAGCCUGGGUGACGGAUCAUUUGGGCGUUCGGGCAGAAUUCCAACUCGAAGAGGUUUAA